AUGUCAGAGGUCACAGAUGCGCAGCACAGAGGGCUGGAUCUCUGCCUACAGCGCCUCACUUCUUCCCUCUACGGCCUCAUGGACGCAGCGCUUGUGAAUGAGGAUGGCCAUUUGGCGUCGCUGACAGUGGACACCUUCCUCAUGGAGGCCCACAUCAUUAGCAUCAUAAACUCAUGUCGCUGGCUGCUGUCGUUGGCUGCUGACCUGGACGCAAACCGGGUGCUUCACGCGCCGAACAGCAAGAAGAAGGGGGACUCACAGAGGAACAUGGAGAAAAUCAGACUCCUGCAGCAGCAACUUGAACAGGACAGGAAGGAUGGCCUUCUUCCCUUUCCAUCCAUUGUGCAACAAUAUUCAGUCAUUGGCUCAAAACUAGCGUUGUACCCCCCAGGCAUCCUGGCAGAGGUGAAUCGAAGGAGAACAGCCACGGCUUGGUAUGCUUUCAGAACUCCUCACGAACAUUGGAUGCCAUGGGUAUCCAUUACAGGCACAAGUGACUGCAAUAAAGACGAUGCUCUCUUCUCUAGGAGUGGCGAUAGAACAUGCAUACGUAAAGUUUAUAAGGAGGCGGUGGCGGUAUACUAG